AUGAUCGACAAAACGGCGGUAGAAUUUCUUAUAGAUUCUGGAGCAUCGAUUAACACAGUUACUGAAGAAGCGUGGGACGUUAUACAGCAACGAAAUACAAAAGUAUUCAACUAUAGAACGAAAUGUGAUCGCCAAUUCAACGGUUAUGCUAGCCAAGAACCUUUGCAGGUUAAGGCGAUGUUUGAAGCAUGGCUGUCAAUCAACCCAGUGAAGCCCAAGUGUUAUGCGGAAUUUUUCGUGAUCGAAGGAGCUCAAAGAUCGUUGUUGAGUAAAAGCACAGCUGAGGAGCUUAAGGUCCUUAAGGUUGGGCUACAUGUGUCUAACAUUGAUGGGUUGGUCAAACCGUUUCCGAAGUUUCCUGGAAUAUUAGUCAAGUUGUCUAUUGACGACCGGAUCAUUCCAAAGAAAGUAGCCUAUCUUAGGGUACCAGCAGCCAUGGAGCAAAAAGUCAACGACAAACUAGAAGAACUGUUAUUGAGUGAUGUCAUAGAAAGAGUCGUGGGCUCCCCCGAGUGGAUUUCCCCGAUGGUAGUGGUACCGAAAGGUAAGGAUGAUGUUAGAAUAUGCAUCAAUAUGAAGAAUGCUAAUGAAGCUGUCCAACGUGAACAUUAUCCACUACCAGUUAUCGACACUUUUUUGAAUAAAUUGAAAGGUUCAAAAUUUUACUCGAGGUUGGACAUAACAUCUGCUUACCAUCACGUUGAGCUUCAUCCAGACUCCCGGAGCAUUACAACUUUCAUGACGGGAAAAGGACUCAUGCGAUUCAAGCGUCUCAUGUUCGGGAUUAACGCAGCUCCUGAAAUUUUUCAGAGGAUUAUGACCGAGAUGCUGAGAGGAAUUGAGGGAGUUAUAAUAUAUAUAGACGAUAUCGUUGUGUUCGGAAGGACUCGUGAAGAACACGAUGCGCGACUGGAGGAAGUCCUCCGUGUUUUGAAAGAUAAUAAUGCUUUACUCAACAAAGAGAAAUGCGUCAUUGGAGUACAAGAAAUGGAGAUACUCGGAUUUAAAGUGAGUACUACUGGGAUUAGUCCUUCUGAAGAAAAAGUAUCUGCCAUUAAGAAUUUUCGCCUGCCGUCAUCUAAAGAAGAGGUACGUAGCUUCUUGGGACUCGUUAACUUUGUGGGCCAGUUCAUCCCCGAUCUUUCGACCAGAUCUGAGCCUUUGCGGAUGUUUGUACGUGGAGAAAUUGAUAAAUUUGGUGAUAAUCAGCAGAAAGCCUUUGAUGAUCUACGUAACGAGCUGGUUAAUAACGUGCGCAAGCUUGGAUUUUUCGAUCCGUGUGAUACGACUGAACUUUAUGUUGAUGCCUCACCAGUCGGGUUGGGGGCAGUGUUGACGCAGAAGGAUCAUAAGGGUGUUUCUAGAAUCAUAAGCUUUGCGUCAAAGGGAUUGACGCCUGCCGAGCGAGUGUACCCACAAACCCAGAGAGAGGCAUUGGCGGUUGUGUGGGCGGUGGAGAAAUUUUACCUCUACCUGUUCGGCCUCGAAUUCACCGUAUUUACAGACCAUAGGACACUGGAAUAUAUUUAUGAAGGCAAGCAUCAAAACGGAAGACGAGCCUGUUCAAGGGCUGAAGGUUUUGCACUUCGUUUACAACCUUAUAAUUUUCGUGUUCGAUAUAUUCCAGGAGCAAGAAAUAUUUCUGACAUCCUCUCCCGUCUAGUUACACAGUGCGAUGCAGCGUUUGAUGAAGGUUCAGAUCACUUUCUGUUUGCGUUAAACGAAGGUCUUUCUGCGAUAACUUUGAAAGAGAUUCAGAAAGAAACAGAGGCAGAUCAGGUUUUGAUGGCAGUGAUUAACGCCCUUAAAACAGAUAAGUGGGAAAAAGAGCUUUUCCGGUACCAAGCUUUUCAAAAUGAGUUAGGAUCAAUCGAUGGAAUCGUAGUCAGGAAUGACAGGAUUGUACUUCCUAAAAAGUUGCGAUCGAGGGCAUUGCAAAUCGCGCACAAAGGGCAUCCCGGUAUCGUUGCAAUGCGACGAAACUUGAGGGAGAAGUUAUGGUGGCCCUGUAUGGACCGCGAUGUGAAUGAAACUGUACAACAAUGCGCUGGUUGCUCCGCCGUUAGUAGACAGAAUCCACCCGAGCCAAUGAUAAUGGCAUUGCAAAUCGCGCACAAAGGGCAUCCCGGUAUCGUUGCAAUGCGACGAAACUUGAGGGAGAAGUUAUGGUGGCCCUGUAUGGACCGCGAUGUGAAUGAAACUGUACAACAAUGCGCUGGUUGCUCCGCCGUUAGUAGACAGAAUCCACCCGAGCCAAUGAUAAGAACGGAGAUGCCUGAACGUGCUUGGCAGCAGAUAGGAAUUGACUUUUUCUCUGCCAAAGAGUGUGCCACGUUCUUAGUGACCGUGGAUUACUACAGCCGGUUCUUAUCAGUAUCUGAAAUGAAAAUCACAAAUGCGGCUAAGACUAUUGAAGUGUUGGAGGCCCUAUUCCGUGAGCAUACUUAUCCGGAAACUAUACGUUGCGAUAAUGGCCCUCCAUUCUCCAGUGUAGAGUUUUCUGAAUAUUGCACUAGUAGAAACAUUCGAUUGGUCCACGCUAUCCCUUAUUGGCCUCAGAUGAACGGGCUAGUCGAGAGGCAGAACCAAGGGAUAUUGAGGGCAUUGCGCAUUGCGAAAGUAACCCAAACUGACUGGAGAAAAGCCUUGCAAGAUUAUGUGUAUAUGGUUAAUACCACGCCUCAUUCGACGACGGAUAAAGCACCGUUUGAACUGCUAACAGGAAGGCCAGUUAAGGACUUAUUACCCUCUCUAAGAACGGACCCCAACUGGAUGAGAGAUGAGAGCACACGGGAAAAAGAUGCAAUCCGGAAAGUGAAGGGAGAUCUACGCAGAUGA